AAAUCAUUGCAGUGGUGAAAAUGGCUCGAAACGACUCGCGAUCUAGGUCGCCGUCUCACCGCCGACGAUACUCUCGCUCGCCUGUUACUCAUCGUAGCAGCCGUCGUAGCAGGCGUGACCGCAGCCGCUCACCCUACACUUCAAGGCACAAGAAGAGCAGAUCUCCUACACCAAGGCAACAUCAAAGGGAUAGAAGUAGUUCAUUGUCUCCUUCCGAGCAUAAAAUUGCGAUUGAAGCGAAAAAGGAACAGGAAGACAAGGCAAGACUGCAGCAUGAGGCUGAGCUCAGACGACUAGAAGAAGAGACUGCACAGCGGAUAGAGGAAGCAGUAAGGAAAAAUGUAGAGGAAAGGAUGAAAACCGAAGAAGUUAAAGAAGAAAUUGAAAGACGGACAAAGGAAGCCUAUGAAAAGAUGUUUCUUGAUGUGGAAAUACAGCUGAAGAAAGAAAAGGAAGCUGCUCUAAACGAGGCUAGAAGAAAAGAAGAACAAGCUAGGAGAGAAAGAGAAGAGCUGGAUAAGAUGUUGGAAGAAAAUAGUAGGAGGGUUGAAGAAUCUCAGAGGCGAGAAGCAAUGGAACUUCAACGUAAAGAAGAGGAAAGGUAUCGAGAAUUGGAGCUCCUGCAGAGACAGAAGGAGGAGGCUGCAAGGAGAAAAAAACUGGAAGAAGAAGAAGAGAUUAGAAAUUCGAGCAAGUUAUCAAAUGGAAACAGAUCACGAUCCAAGCUGCAUUUCGGCAUGGGUUUAUAAUUAAGGAAACAUUGAUGAAGGCAAAGUCUGAAGAAACUUUUGACUUUUUGUAUCAGAGAAUAGGAAGAUACAGUUGAUCCAUAUUGUAUCUAGCUGACCUUUCAAAGAGCUUGUUGUUUCACUAUGUUGAUCAUUGUAAAAAUGCAAAUUCCCGUUGGAUUAAAUGUGGUACCACCUU